AAUAAAAAGCAUAUAUUCAACCACAUGUUAGAAGCUGGAUAAUUGGGCGCUGGCCUUACUUGUUUCAUUAGCUGGAAACUGGGUUCUUGAUUCUGCUACAGAAGAAAAGCCUGCAAAAAAAUGUUGAGUUCUGAAGCUGUUGAAAUUGAAUUCAUUUCCGAGUGUUUUAUACCCCCAAAAUGCAUCCCUGAAGAGUCUAGGAAGCCAUUUUACUUGUCUCCAUGGGAUCUGCAACUAGUUGGUUUACACUAUAACCAGAAGGGACUUCUCUUUGCCAAGCCUCCAUCUUUUCACACUGAUGAUAACCUUGUGAAAGAGUUCCUAGAGAAGCUCAAGGACUCUCUUUCAAUCGCCCUGAUUCAUUUUUAUCCUUUGGCAGGCCGUCUCGUGACUAUUAAACACGAAAAUCCUCCAACCUGUUCCAUUUUUGUUGAUUCUGCCAAUGGCCCUGGUGUUAAAUUUGUCCAUGCUUCGUUGAAUUUGACUGUCAGUGAUAUCAUUUCGCCGAAUCACGUACCCAAAAUCGUGUACUCAUUUUUCGACCAUUUUGGAGAAAUCAACUAUGAUGGGCACACCCUGCCUUUGAUGACAGUUCAAAUCACGGAGCUGAUUGAUGGCAUUUUUAUUGGACCCUCCAUUAAUCAUAUGUUAAUGGACGGGACAUCUCUAUGGAAUUUCAUCAAUUCUUGGUCUGAAAUAUUUGAUUCCAGGAGCAAUGACGUCGUCCUUUCCAGGCCACCUGAUCUAAAGCGUUGGUUUCCUGAUGGGUACGGACCUAUCCUCUGGUUGCCUUUCUCGCAGCCUGAAGAAUUCAUUACCAGAUACCAGAACAGAUUACCCGAAUUCAAGGAAAGAAUUUUCCAUUUCUCGUCAGAGUCGUUACAGAGACUCAAGGCGAAAGCAAAUGCUGAAUGUGAUUCAACCUCCAUUUCUACUUUUCAGGCCAUGUGUGCUCAUGUUUGGAGGUGUAUCACCAGGGCUCGGAAUCUGGCACCGGAUCAAGGCACAAAAUGUGGCUUUUCCGUUGACAAUAGAUCCAGGAUUAGCCCGCCGUUGUCUCCAGAAUAUUUUGGUAACAGUGUACAGCUCUUAGCAACUACAGUUACUUGUGGUGAAUUGAUGUACAAUGGACUUGGAUGGGCAGCCCGGAAGCUGAAUGAGUUGGUCACCAAUCAGACAGACAAAUCUGCGCGUCAGUGGGCUGAAACGUGGGUGAAGGAGCCCUCAUUUGCCAGCAUUAACAAGUUUUCUCAGAAUCCUGACAACAUCAUCCAAAUUGGAAGCUCUCCUCGGUUCAAUGUCUACGGGAGGAAUUUCGGGCUUGGAAAAGCAUUAGCAGUUCGAUGUGGCUUCGGGAAUAAGUUCGAUGGAAAAAUAACGUUGUUUCCAGGAAGAGAAGGUGGAGGGCACAUUGAUAUGGAGGUUUGUCUUUACACUCCUUUUAUGACUCACCUUGAAUCCGACAUUGAACUCUUGGAGACGGUUUCUCUAUCAAGUCCUGUAAGUUCUUGAGCCAACAGUGAACAGUGUUUUCUAUUUUGAGGGAAGAGAAAAAAGGAUCAUUCAAAAUUGUAUGGUCAAGACAUAUGUCUUUUUUCUGUUUUCUUAUUUACUAGUACAAUAAUAAGAUUCCACUUCUAAAAUGUCUUCUCCUGAUUAUUUGAAUCGUUGCACUGUGUAGUUUUCUAAUGAUAAACUAGCCCUAGUAAGGAAGGCAUGGACUUCAACUUGUUCCAGUUUUUGGUCAUCCAGGGGAGGAGAGGAGUUAACUUCAGAGCCCAAAAUUACUAAAAUUAUACACUAUGAUAUACUUCUUCAACUACUGGCUGUAAUAUAGUUUAGUCGUCAAUCAUCUUCAGUCGCCUUCAAAACCAAAGUGAAAUGAAGUAAUGAUUGAGCGGAAACAGUGUAAAUCAUGUGAUCAUAAAAAUAUACCCUCCUUGGGAGCUAGCAAAGUUUCAACACCAUUUCAAAGCUGAGCUCUUAGGGCUUCUUUAAUCACAUUCGAGCCG